ACUUUGACUACGCGUUUCGCGAUCACUCGCGCAUGCAUCGAUCUGGCAUCGCAAUGUUUAUGUGCCACGAGUUGCUCGACUCCUUUUCUCAUUGACUACUACUUGCGAGGAGGCUAAAGAAGGUGAUCGGAAAUGGAGUUUUUCUUGGGUUCUUCUCUCUUCUUCCUCCUCCCCCUCCUCCUCUUCUCUUUCCUUUGCCCCGCCCUUCUCUUCUUCAGUAAACGCCCCUUUUCCUCUCCGGCCAAUGGCUGCAGCAGCCUCAAGGGCUACUUCCUCAUGGGACACCUCCCCCACCUCAUCAAGAACAGGCGUCGGCUACUGGAGUGGUCUGCGGAGCUCAUCCUCGCAUCCCCCACCGGCACCGUCACCGUCGCCCCCGUCGUCUUCACCGGCAACCCCUCCAACGUCGAGCACAUGGCCAAGGCCAACUUCGGCAACUACCCCAAGCACGGAGCCUUCAUCUCGCCCGUCCGCGACUUCCUCGGCUGCGGCAUCCUCAACGUCAAUGGCGAGGAGUGGCGCCUCCAGCGCAAGGCCGCCAGCUACGCGUUCAACAGUACCUCACUCCGCGCCUUCGUCUUCGACAAGGUCGACCGCGAGAUCGUCGGCCGGUUAUUCCCUUUGAUGAGGGAAGCUAGUCAAAGCGAUGAGGUGUUGGAUCUCCAAGAUGUGCUCGAGCGCUUCGCCUUUGAUACCAUCUGUAGCCUGGUAUUGGGGGAGGAUCCCGGGUGCCUCGGCGGCGGCCACGGGAGCGAAGAGAAAGAGGGGGAGAGGUUCUUCCGCGCGUUCGGCGACGCCGUACACCUCAGCGUCGAGCGGGCGCUGCAGCCACUCCCGCUGGUCUGGAAGGCCAAGAAGUGGCUCGAUAUCGGGUCAGAGCGGCGGCUACGGGAGUCGAUGGCGAUCGUCCACGGAUUCGUCGACAGAUGCAUGCGGUCGAGAAGGUUGCGGACGAGCGGGGACGGCGGCACCGAUUUCCUUUCUCGGUUCGACCAGAGGGAACUCAAUUCCAACGAGCUCAUUCGCGACAUCCUCAUCAACUUCGUGCUUGCAGGGCGCGACACGACGCCCGCGGCACUGACCUGGUUCUUCUGGGUCCUCGCCUCGCAGCCCCAAGUAGCGAACAAGAUAAGGGAAGAGAUCGAACUCAUCCGAUCCCGACGAGCUGAGGAAGACGGCAGCAGAGCCUCGUUCACGAUGGAGGAGCUGCGGGAGAUGAACUACCUCCAGGCGGCGACAUCAGAGUCGUUGCGGCUGUACCCGCCGGUGCCGCUGGUGCCAAGGAGCUGUUCAGAGGAGGAGGAGCUGCCGGACGGGGCGCGGAUGCGGAAGGGGUGGGUGCUGAUGUACAACGCGUAUGCCAUGGGGAGGAGGGAUGAGAUAUGGGGGGAGGACUGCAGGGAGUUCAAGCCGGAGCGGUGGCUGGAGGAGGAGGAGGGGGUGUUCCGGGCCAAGAGCCCGUUCGUGUACCCCGUGUUCCAUGGAGGGCCGAGGAUAUGCAUGGGGAAGGACGUGGCGUACGUGCAGAUGAAGGCGAUCGCGGCGAGCAUCCUGGAGAGGUUCGAGAUGGAGGUGGUGGAGGCGAGCGGGAGGCAUCAGUUGCUGAUGACCAUGAGAAUGGAAGGAGGGUUGCUGGUGAAGGUAAAGGAGAGGAGCAGUGGGAAGUGUGCUUGGAGCGCAUCAUCUAUAUGAAAAAAUAUAUAUUAUUGACUAAUGAAAUGCAUUUUAUCAUUGAUCAA